AAUCAUCGGGAUGAUGUGUCCCGUCAUGCAGCGCGGCCGGGUUCUCCCCCGCGUUCGUCGGAUCCAUAGUUGGGAGUAAUGGCGGCGGGUUAGACCCACACACACACCGACACCGCGUCCGCAGUCAGCCGCUCUCACCGCAGCCCUCCCGGGGCAGCCAGCCUCACACACCGCGGCGGAGCCUGCGCCUCACACACGGAGCGGAGACACGGACCACGGAGACAAGACAGUGGACCGCGGCUGCCCGGGUCUUACCUUCGAAUUUUUUAUCUAAAAAAAAAAAAAGGUAGACGAGAGGGGAGAGACCGAAAAAAACAUGGAUGAGCAGCUCGGCGGAGGAGCAGGAGGAGCGGGGGCUCCGCGACAGCCUCCACCGCUACAGCAGCAGCUACAGCCGGGAAACAGCAGCAGCAGCAGCAGCGCGAACCUGCCGCUCGGCGGUGGUGGAGGAGUCAUGGUGCCGCAGCAGCCGGAUGAGCUGCCCCGGCCGCAGCAGCAGUACACGAUCCCCGGCAUCCUGCACUACAUCCAGCACGAGUGGGCCCGCUUUGAGAUGGAGGGGGCGCACUGGGAGGUGGAGAGGGCCGAGCUCCAGGCCAGGAUAGCGUUCCUGCAGGGAGAGAGGAAAGGUCAGGAGAACCUGAAGAACGACCUGGUCAGAAGAAUAAAGAUGUUAGAAUAUGCUCUGAAGCAGGAAAGAGCCAAAUAUCACAAGUUAAAGUACGGCACAGAGUUAAACCAAGGAGACAUGAAGAUGCCCAGCUUUGACUCAGACACCAAAGAUUCUGAAGUCUCUGCUGUUCCUGCCAACAGUCAACUCACCUGGAAACAGGGACGACAGCUACUCAGACAGUAUUUACAGGAAGUGGGCUACACGGACACCAUUCUGGACGUGCGUACACAGAGGGUUCGUUCUCUUCUGGGUCUGUCGGCGUCAGAACAGAACGGGUCAGUGGAGAACAAGAACCUGCAACACCUGAUCAACGGAACAGAGCGCCGGCGAGACAGCAAGAGGAGUCCUGGUGAUGUUCUGGAGACGUUCAACUUCCUGGAGAACGCUGAGGACAGCGAUGAAGACGAGGAUGAGGAGGGAGACCUGAUGGACGACAUCAGCACAGGAAAACACCAACGAGCCAAGAAACACAAGAGCAAGGUGGGGAACGAGGGCCUGGCGUCAGAGGACGACGCUGACACAGAGGAAGCUCUGAAGGAGUUUGACUUCCUGGUGACGGCGGAGGACGGCGAGGGAGCGGGAGAAGCUCGCAGCUCUGGAGACGGGACGGAGUGGGCGGAGCCUCUGCCGUUUCCUGCGGGCAGUGGGAAGUCCUUCCUGUUGGGCGGGUCAGAUGACGUGUUGGAGAGCGUCCUUGGUCUGGGUGACCUCGCUGACCUCACAGUGACUAACGAUGAAACAGACUACAGCUAUGACCUGCCGUCCAAUCAGGAGUCUUCGUUCAGGAAGACGUGGAACCCCAAGUACACGCUGCGCAGCCACUUUGACGGCGUGCGAGCGCUGGCCUUUCACCCGGUGGAGCCGUGUCUGGUCACGGUGUCUGAAGACCACACUCUGAAGCUGUGGAACCUCACCAAGACUGUCCCUGCCAAGAAAAGUGCCUCCUUUGAUGUGGAACCCAUCUACACUUUCAGAGCUCAUGUUGGUCCAGUGUUGUCGUUGGCGAUGACGUCCAGUGGUGAGCAGUGCUUCAGUGGAGGCAUCGACUCCACCAUCCAGUGGUGGAACAUCCCGAGCUCUAACGUCGACCCCUACGACACCUACGAUCCCAGUGUUCUCGCUGGCUCGUGGGCGGGGCAUGCGGAUGCUGUGUGGGGAUUGGCCUACAGUGGCAUCAAGAACCUCCUCCUGUCCUGCUCUGCAGACGGAACCGUCAAACUGUGGAACCCGACGGAGAAGAACCCCUGCAUCAGCACUCUGAACUCUAACAUGGAACACGGGAUCCCCACAUCAGUGGACUUUAACGGUUGUGACCCCGCCCACAUGGUGGCGUCCUUUAACAGUGGAGACGUGGUGGUGUACGACCUGGAGACCUCCCAGAAUGCACUGGUGCUGAAGGGGCAGGGAGACGGCACUCUCCCAGGAUCAAACCACAUAAACAAAGUGGUCAGUCAUCCCACUCUGCCGCUCACUAUCAGUGCUCAUGAAGACCGACACAUCAAGUUCUACGACAACAAGUCAGGUAAAGUCAUUCAUGCGAUGGUCGCUCACCUCGAUGCAGUCACCAGUUUGGCGGUUGAUCCUAAUGGGAUUUACUUGAUGUCUGGGAGUCACGACUGCUCGCUGCGCCUGUGGAACCUGGACAGUAAAACGUGCGUGCAGGAGAUCACGGCUCACCGUAAGAAGAGCGAGGAGGCCAUUUACGACGUGGCGUUCCACCCGUCCAAGGCCUUCAUCGCCUCGGCCGGAGCCGACGCCCUCGCCAGGGUCUACGUGUAGACGAGGAGGACGGCACACCACCGAGGAAGUGGGGGGCGCGAGGAAGAGGAGGGGUGUGUCCCUGUUCUGUGACAUCACGCCCAACUCUCUGCCCCGCCCCCCUGUCUACACAUCUGACACGACACAAACUCCUCCCACUCUUGUGUCAGCGCUGGAGUUGAAGGAAAAAUCCUCGUCCGACGGCCCGUGGACACGCCCACUGAGGCGUCCGGGCCGUUUCCAUAGCAACAGCAGCUGCUGAAAAACAGCGUCGUCUCUGAAAGACGGACGCUAACGCGGAGGAAGACGACACAGGAAGUGAUCGCGUGACUUUCAGAUUUUACCACAGCAAAACUUUUUACAGUGUUUUUAAAGAAUAGUCACAUGGUCCGUCUCUGACGAGCUGUCCCCACCUCAGCCCCUGGAGGGCCAAUAAGAGCCCCGUGUUUUAGCCCCGCCUACACGAGGAGUGAAGGUCGCUCAGCAUGACUGACUUUUGUUUAUAUAAAUAAAUAAAAAUUUUAUUUUUUAAAAAUCAACGUCUCGUUAACGGCAGCGAGGAGGAUUCAGGCUCCUCCCCCGUCCAGUCCUGCCCUCAGAACCCGCCCACCUAUGCCCCACCCCCUGUCCUUUUAAACGUGAGAGUGGAGGAGGAAGAGGAGAAUCAUCUUCAGUCUGUCACCACGACGACGACGACAAAACGUACAAAUAACAAAAACAAUGACAACUUUGUUUUCGAUAAAAAAAAGAAAAGAAAAAUCGAUUUUUGGAGAGUUUGUAUUUAAAGGGACAGUUCAGGGUUUUUGUGACACAAGGAAAAAUAAGACUCUACAACGUCACAUGAUCACGUCUUUAUCUCACUGUCAGACCGAAGUCUGUAAACCACUCACUCUCACACACCAAAGUCCAGAGAGAAUCAGUGAUUUAAGCUGCUGCUCCUCUGCUGCCUCGUGUGGUCACUUUGUGUCACUGUCAUAAAUCUGAAUGAAGAAGUGACAAAAUCAGACAUUAGAACUUAGUGAUGGAGGCAGCAGUGGUUCGUGUGUGUGUGUGUGUGUGUGUGAGCGGUUUACACACUUGAGUUUCCUGUCAUCAAACACUAAGUUCCUCUAAAAGCCUGAACUGUUCCUUUCACGUGUCAAAGGAUUUGUGUGUUCACUCAGUCAAUCACAGAAACAACAAACGUGUUUUUAAAAACCAUCGACGUGUUUUUGUGUCACUUUUUGUCGUUUUCUAGUUCCAUUUUUAUGGACUUUUGAUCAAAGAUGUUUACAGAGCACCUGAACGCACCACCGUGUCCUGGUUUAAGCUCCUCCUCCUCAUCUUCAUAUCACUGAGUGAUUUCUUUUCUUUUUUUUAAUUUAUAUCACAUGAGCGUUUUAUCAUGUUGAGGGAAGAAAAGAAGCUCCGCCCUGUUUUAGUUUUGUCGCUGUUUUUCUUUUUUGUGAUCGACUUUAGUUUGAGUUAAUUUAAGGUUGUUUUUUUACGUGAACAGUGACCCGAUCAAUCAGAGUCAAAGCGAGUCUUUUUAUUUUGUUCUGUGGAACUAAAACACUUCUGUUUGUGUAAAUGCAUGAUUAAUACAAUAAAGGUAUUUUUUCUAGUCUUCCAAAAAAGGGUUAAAAAAACAAAGUUCUGAUCAGUUUGAUGAGUUUUGUAAGUAUUUUCUUUUUUUUGAUUUACAAACUAUGAAACAGAUUUUAAAGAUUGUACCACAUAGAAAAAAAACAGUUGAAAUGUAUAUAAAAUGUCUAUAAUAACUAUUAAAUGGUGUAACUGUUGA